GAUUAAGUUAUCGUAACAGUCUGAAAAUAAUAGCUUACAGGGCGUUUCGGGAUUUAUUUCUUUACCUUGUUGCUCGUCAUGAUGUUUGUGUGGUCGCUCUUCGGCCUCAUCAGUGGACUGUCAUUGGCUUCGUCGACGGUUGACAUUAACGUUUAACGUCAACAUUAACGGCUGAAUUAUGAGGACGCUGUAAAACGUUUGAUUUGAUGAUCUGUUGACUUUUGGGCCAAGCUACAGUCAUGAUGGAGCUCGACACCAAACCCAUCCAAGAGCAAAGGUUCGAUGCUGCAGUCAAAGUGAUACAGAGUUUACCUACAAACGGUUCAUUCCAGCCAUCCAACGAAAUGAUGUUGAAAUUCUACAGCUACUACAAGCAGGUGACUCAAGGCCCUUGCAACAUUCCCCGGCCAGGUUUUUGGGAUCCAGUCGGCAAAGCAAAAUGGGAUGCGUGGCACUCACUUGGAGAUAUGCCAAGGGAGGAGGCUAUGACAGCAUACGUGGACGAUCUGAAGCUGAUUCUUGAAAGCAUGCCGAUGACAGAUGAGGUGGAGCAGCUGCUGCAGGUUCUCGGGCCGUUCUACGAGCUUGUGGAUGAGAAGAAAAAGAUCUCUGAAGUGUCGGAUCUGACCACAGGUUUUGGAAACAUGAUCGCUGCACCUUCAAAGAGCGUCACAAAAAGCAUCAUCAGAACAAUGGAAAUGAACGGGACCUUAGACGGCCAUCCUACCAAAAAAGGGGACGCCCCGAAGAACAACAUGAAAGAGAUCAAGGAACAGGAGGACAGAGGUGAUGAAGAUGAGAAGGAGGAGGAGGAAGAUGACAGUGAUGAUGAUGAUGAGGAGGAGGAGGAGGAUGAGGAGGAGGAAGAGGCUGAGCAGGUGAAAAAAGCCCCAGCACCAAAGAAAAAGGCCUCAAAUGGAAAAGCUAAAGGGCUCCCCAACGGCACUAUAGGGCAGAAGGUAGAAGCCAUGACAAACGGAACACACAGCUCCAGAUCUGCUCUGAAUGGAAAGCACUCGGAGGAGGAGGAUGAUGGCGUCACCCAAGAAACAGUGAUCCAACAUGUGAACGGUUUUACCAAAGAUGACUAUGAAGAUGUGUCCAGCCUCCAUCAUGUGGCCAGCGACUCAGACGGUGAAGUGUACUGUGACUCAGUGGACCAGUUCGGUGUGGAGGAGGAAAGCCAGGGUAGGCUGUCCUCCCUGAGAGAGCCGCAGCCAACGGGGAGGGACCUCAAGGACCUCCCAGGGGUUCAGGACAGCGUCCAGCAUGGCGGAGAGGAUUGGAAAACUAGCGGAGGUGGACCACAGAGACAGAGGCUUAGCGUGGACAGACCAGGCAGCUCUGUGGUCAGGAGAGGAAGAGGCUCCAGGUCUCCAGGCUCGGGGUUCGGCACCACGGGGCCAUUACAGGGCGGGGGUGGUGAUGGAGAACGGUGGGGGACUGAUGGAGCUGUGGGUGGAGAUCUUAAUGAGCAGAUCGUAACGGCACUGGCGCGACUUCAGGAGGACAUGCAGAGUGUCCUCGAGAGACUGCACACACUCGAGGCUCUCACAGCCUCCCAGGCAAGAUCUGCAGCCUUGCCUUCAGAAUACCUGUUACCACCAGCAAACAGAACUCAGAAGAAGCCAUCCUGGUGGCCUUUCGACGUGUCUCCUGGCACAGUGGCCUUUGCUGUUGUUUGGCCCUUUGUGGUGCAGUGGCUCAUUCGCCUGUAUUUUCAGCGGCGGAGAAGAAAAAUCAAUUGAGAGGAUUUGGUGCUCAGGGCCCAUGACGGCAGAAGACAAACCCCCUUCCUCUGAUUAAGGGCAGCGUCCUCUCCUGUGUGUCCCCUCGUCUAACUCUUGCUUUUGCACUAUGAUGACAGCGCUAAGAGUAGUGAGUGUAAGAACAGACAUAAGACAGAUAGAUGAAUGUAUGAAAUCGCAGCUUAUAGACAUAAAGGCUUUUGUACAUUUUUAGCAUAGUAACCACUGAGGUUAGAACUGCUUGGUUUGAGGAAUAAGUAGAAGUGCUAUGACGUAGUGAACAAAACUUCUACAUUGAUUUGUGUUUUUCAUAUUGAAAUCUAACGGGGCAUUAUGAUAGCAUUUAUGUGACGUCCAUUAUUACCACUUAGCCAUGCGCCCAGGGCUGCUAACAGGUAAGUCUGCAGGCAGGUGAGGAAUGUAAGUGAUAGAGUUACAGUGACUUUUUGUUUAAGGGAGGGAUUUCUAGUCCUGCUUCUCGAGAUCUACCACCCUGGAGAGCUCAGAUCCGACACACCUGGCACUAUUAUUCAGACACCCCUGAAGGCCUUCAUUACCUGGCUCAGGUGUCAUAGAUUAUGGUUGGAGCUAAACUCUGCAGGGUGGUAGAUCUCCAGGACCAGGACUGGGCACCUCUGGUUUAAGGGUUUCUCUAAUUAUUGUGAUUCACAAAGGAGGCAGGCUUGGCUUUGGUAGCUUAUCCGCUGCACGGAAUGUGUUUAGAGGGUAUGACGUUAUGAAAAGUUGUAUUGUGUGCUUGGUGAGGUUUUGUCCACGCAAACUGCGGAAUUAAUCAAAGCCAUAUUUCCAAGAUCUUGUUUAUUUGGACUGAUGUUGGCAGU